UAACUCAUAUAGCAUACAAUAAAUUUUGACUAGAGAUACAAGUUUUAUUUUUUUCAGAAAUUAUUCCAAAAUAAAAAUUAAAAAAUUAUUACCAAGACAAAAUCUUUAACUGAAAAAAUGAACUUAAUUGUUUUAAUAACACUUUCCGUUUUAUAUUCAUGUGGAUCUACAAAGUGGCCAAAAUAUUCAACAACGUGAUAAUGUUGCUUUACAUGUAACAUUAGAUUAUAAUUAUCAGGUUAUGAUCAGAGGUAGUAUUCAAAAUCAACAGUGGAAUGACUGUGAAUUUCAUGGCUCAUCUAUACGCCUUAAUAAAGGAGCAGACUUUCAUUUAGUUAUACUGUGUGAUGUGGAUAACUAUAAGAUAGCAUUUAAUGGUGUCUAUUACGCUACAAGAGCACAUAAAAUGCCUUUCGUAAUAGUAAAAUAUUUAUCAAUAAAUGGUAAUCUUAAAUUGAAUGAAGUUCGUGUUACUGAAUAUUUAUUUCCAUUUGGCAUUGAAGAAAAUUGGCUUGAGAUUAUCGGCUUAGCAGCUCAUAACAAAUACAAUGGUCAAUAUCAACAAUUAUUAAUGUCCCAAAAUAAUCAUAACCAUUAUAGUGGUACAAGUUAUGGAAAUACACCAGUGUUUGGACAAACGGACUACAUUUCUACUGCUGGACACAAUAUGGCUACAACUGGAAAUUCAGUUUACACUCCUACUUCUUCUUCUUCAACUUAUCCACAUUCUACCUACUUUCAUUCUAUCUAUCCUUCUCCUACUUAUUCACAUUCUACCUACACUAAUCCUACUUAUCAACUUUAUCAACCUUCGAUUAAUCCAGUUUAUGGACAUCCAGAUUACCAUCCUUCAUAUCAAUUUAAUAUGCAAGACUAUAGCACUGGACUAACUCAAAAUACACCUCAUCAACAG